AUGUCAACAACUUAUCCUGUUCUCUACAAUCUGGAUACAUGGAUAGAAGAAAACCAGCAAUUCUUUCUGCCGCCUGUGUGCAAUAAGAUGAUGCAUAAUGAUGGACAGUUAAAGGUGUUCUUUGUUGGUGGCCCUAACCUCAGGAAGGACUACCAUAUUGAGGAAGGAGAAGAGCUGUUUUAUAUGCUCAGAGGUGACAUGUGUUUGAAAGUCAUAGAGCACGGGAAACAUAAGGAUGUGCCUAUUAAACAAGGGGAGAUUUUCCUGCUGCCUGCAAGAAUACCCCACUCACCACAACGGCAGGUAAACACAAUUGGACUUGUUCUGGAAAGGGAAAGAGCGCCAGAUGAAAGAGAUGGGCUAAGGUAUUUCCAAGUGAAGGAUGGUGUCCCAACUACAGACUCCCUUUAUGAAGAGUGGUUCUACUGUAAAGAUUUGGGUACAGAGCUUGCUCCUGUCAUCAGAAGAUUCAUUGCCUCGGAGCAGUGUAAAACUGGCCAACCAGUACCAGGAACUAUCCCAGAGAAGCCUCCUGUCACAAUUGAUGGAGAGACAAGCUUACAGAGUCCCUUUAAUCUCCAUAACUGGAUAAAGGAUCACAGAGCAGAAAUUGAUUCUGCUGGCUCCUUACAACUUUUUGGAGACAACAGACAAUUUUAUGUAGCUAUUUAUGGUAAGGGAGAGAACACUGGAGGCAGUGAUCGAGCAGAGACUUGGAUAUGGCAACUGGAAGGAGAAUCUGUGAUAACUGUAGCUGGUAAUGAAUACAGACUUCACAAAAAUGAUUCCAUCUUAAUCCAAGCUGGAGAAAAGUACAAAGCAGUCGGUCUGGAAGACAGCAUCUCUUUGGUCUGUUGCCAGGAUCCUGCCCGCAAGAUACCUUGGAAAAAUUGCAAUGCCUAA